CGCUCGUUCGUGCGUCACUCCGCUGCCAAGCUUCAGACCGUCAUGGACAGGGACAGCGACCACAUCGACUCAUCCGGGGGUAGCAGUCCUUCAUCAGGACACUCCACGUCGCCACACUCGCCAAGCUCGCCUUCUGCAGUCAGAGAGCAGCAACGCAAUGACACCCAGAUGAACGACGAUGUUGCAUGGAAUGACGAGACUCAGCGAGCCUUGUUGGCGUCGAGGAGGACGUCCAGCGGAGAACAGUCACCCUCUGCCACUAAGCACGAUGACCGCAUGUCCUGGGAGGACAACGCCAGGUUCGCGCGUCAACCCGUCAGCGCAAGGGGCAAAUCCAAACGGAGCGCUCCUGCUCAUCCUGCUUCCAGCGCUGCCGCUUUCGGAGCCGACAAGCUACUCGAUCAAGACUAUGCAAAGGACUUUCCUGACCCAUUCGUUUUCGAUCCUGCGCGAGCACCGACGACGCUAUUCGACCGCUUGCCCGCAGAAGACCCGAGCAAAAUCAAGAACCCAAAGCAAGGCUAGCUCGAACCGCGCAAGCCAGACAUCGUACCGGCUGCAGCUCGUCUCUGUGCGCCCUGGCCACAAGCAGAACACGAUGUCGCGCCCUUGCAGUAUCGCCAUGUUGUUGUCGAGAUGCACACUACGCAAACGUUCCGGCCGUCUGCAUCGUGCGCA